UAUUGUCACCAAAUGUGUUGCGAUUGCGGCGGAAGGCGGUACGUACUCUCUGCGGCUCGCAAAUCGGCGUGAAUCGGGAGUUACACAUUGAAGUGGAAAAAGAUAUCUCAAAUUUUUUAAUCAUACUAAAAAAAUAAUAUCGAACUCAUUACAAAUUAAUAAAAAAAAAUAAAAAGCUGUCUCUUAAACCUCGAGUUACGAGUAACAUUUUUUUAGACAGAGAAAUUCGGGUUUGAAAAGUGCACUUAUGUAAACGACAUUUGAAAGUAACAAUUCAAUCCUGUGUUAGAAAACAUAAAACAGUGAAUCAAACAUAACAUAACAUUCAUAAAACUUAACUGAAAAACAACAUCAAACUUGGUUGCAAUCUUAAGUGGACAAUUAUAAAUUAUAUAUAAAUUUUUUACGAAAAAAUUAAAAGAAAAGUUUAAUAUUUCCCAACAAGUUAAUAAAAUAAGUUAAAACAAAAGAACUAAAAAUAAAUCAAAAAUCUUAAAUAUAAAAUAAAUAAAUUAUAAAAGCACUCCACAUAACUUUUGGAAACAGAAUAUAUUAUAAAAUUGAAGUGUAGUGGGCCAAAAUGACCAAGUACAAUAGUGGUAGUAGUGAAUUGCCCGCGGUUCACGGCAUCAAGCAGGAGUACAACAACGGCUAUGGCCAGCAAUCUAAUCCUGGCUAUGGAUACAACAACUAUAGCCAGCACCAGCAAUCGGCCGCCCUUCCCAGCCAGAAUCCCCACCAGACGCUGCAGAAUUUCUUCAGCCGCUUCAAUGCCGUCGGGGAUGCCGGUUCGGGAAACAUUGGCUCCACUUCCAUCUCGGCCACUGGAUCGGGAUCCUCCUGCAACUACAGCCACGGAAACCAUCCGGCGGAGAUGGACAAGCAGCUGGGCAUGACAAUGACGCCUUCGCCCAUCUACACCACCGACUACGAUGACGAGAACAGCAGUCUCAGCUCAGAGGAGCACGUCCUGGCGCCCCUCGUCUGCUCCUCCGCCCAAUCCUCGCGACCCUGUCUAACGUGGGCCUGCAAGGCGUGCAAGAAGAAGAGCGUCACCGUGGACCGACGGAAGGCGGCCACCAUGCGUGAACGCCGGCGACUGAGAAAGGUUAACGAGGCCUUUGAGAUCCUCAAGCGACGCACAUCGUCCAAUCCCAACCAGCGGCUGCCCAAAGUCGAGAUCUUGCGCAAUGCCAUCGAAUAUAUCGAGAGCCUGGAGGACUUGCUGCAGGAAUCCAAUCCUACACACGAUGGCGACAACCUGGCGCCCAGUCUAAGCGGCAAAAGCUGCCAGUCCGAUUAUCUGAGCUCGUAUGCCGGGGCUUAUCUGGAAGAUAAACUCAGUUUCUACAACAAGCACAUGGAGAAGUAUGGUCAGUUUACAGACUUUGAAGGCAAUGCCAAUGGUUCGAGCUUGGACUGUCUCAACCUAAUAGUCCAGAGCAUCAACAAGAGCACCACGAGUCCCAUUCAAAGCAAGGCCACGCCCUUACCUGCAGAUUCCAAGACGCCGCCCACAUCCGAAGUACCGCCAUCCACAUCGCUGCAUGCAAACUUCAAGCGGAAAUGCAGCACUUAGCAUUGAGUGGCUGAAACCUUAGGCAAUUGUAAAGAUACUUUUUAAGCGGAUACACGAGAUACCCAGUGACCCAGAUAGGCCUUAAAUUAUUUGUAUAGCCCUAGCUCUUAAUUAAAUGGUAAUUCAAAUAGCGAA